CAGAUCUGAGAAACUCGACCCAGACGCUUCUCGUCAGCUUUUUCAUUUCAUCCGCCACUGAAUUUCUUCUCUCCCGAUUGGGCAGAAAUCUGAGAGUGAGAGUAGGGGGAGGGGCAGAAGUACUUAAAGAAGCGGUCUCCAGAAGAAUAUAGGGAGCUUCAGAAGUGUGGUUGAGGGAGAAUUUGCCUUCGAGAGUGAAUAAUUUUGGAUAAGGCUUUCGGAUGAGCACAGAGGUAAAUGUAAGACAGGCGAUUGGUGGAUUAGUUUGGAAAAUCGGAUCUCAACGCCAAUUAGAGGGAUUUUCCUCUCCGCAGCAUCGACUUUCUGCACCAAGCUUCUCCCCUAUUGAGCAUGGGAAUUCAUUCAUUGCGUGGCGUGACUUUUAGUCUAUUUGCAGAUACUGAGAAUGUUAACUGUCCAUUCGAAUGGAAUAGCAUUGCUUGAAAUUGCUCCAUUCUCAGUGGGAAUUAAGGUUUUACAGAAUUAAAUUAACCGAGAAUUGAUCGUCUCGGACAUCUUUGUUGUCUGCCCGAUUCCUAGGGCUCUGUAUUGCAAAAUUUCCUGGAGUAAUGGAUGGAAACCUGGAAAUUUCGCUCGACAAGCUUCCCCUUAAGCGCUUGGAAGCCAUUGAAGAGAACGGCCUCGAACGCUUCCCUGCGGAUGUUGGUUAUGAUGAGAAGAGAGUAUCGCUGAUAAGGAGAAUAGACUUCGCAUGGGCAGUUGAGGAACAAGAUGAUAAGCAGAAGAAAAAGAAGCAGAAGAAGAGCUCCAAGGAGAGCUCCACGCCAUGGCAGUGGCAGAGUAUGGUGGAGAACUUGCAGUUGGCUCACCAGGAGCUUUCUGUCAUUCUGGACCUCAUCAACACUGUGAGUCUAUAACUUUUAACCCAUCAU